GGCUCUGCUCUACCACUCUAUAAAAGGAGCCCACAUCACCUCAUAAUAGAGCAAUCCCUCUCCACAAGGAUCAGAUAGAUUCUUCAUUUUCAUCUCACUAACCAACAAAACCUAAUUAUUGAAUCAUAAGAAACCAGUGUCUCAACCCAUCAAACUUGGUUCUGUUGUGUGUGGUUCACAGACACCACAAACACUUUCAACUCAUGAAAGCCCUCAUAAGCAGUUCUUGUUCCAAGGCCAUAGUUGGGAGCCUUGGAUCAAAUAUUUAUCAUAGGAGAGGUGGUGGUGGUGUUGUUGCUGCUCAUGUUCCUGGGAGAGUUGAGUUCUGCUUCUCACUGAGAUCAAGAAAUGACAAAAGGGGCUGCAGCUUUUGGUUCCUUAAGAAAAAGGGUGUAACCCCAAUUCAUUCAGUGCCACCAAAAACUGAGGUGGAAUUGGAACCAUCAGAGCCAGAUUUGGAAACUGUAGAGCCUCAAGCUCAAAAAAGUGAACAAACAAAUGAAUCAAAGUUUGUACACGUAACAUUUCAGUUGCAAAAGAAUUGCUUCUUUGGCGAACAGUUUCUAAUAGUUGGAGAAGAUCCUAUGCUUGGUUCUUGGGACCCUUUAGAGGGAUUACCAAUGGCCUGGUCUGAUGGGCAUGUAUGGACUGCUAAUCUGGUGAGUAUCCUCUUCAACACAUCAAUUCAGUACAAGUUUAUACUGAAACGAAAAGCAGGGAAGAUUGUGUGGCAACCGGGCAUGAAUAGAAUCCUCAACAUUUCAGAAAAUAUGAAUAGAAUAAUUGUUAGUGAGGAUUGGGAGAAGGCUGAACUUCAGGAAAUAAUAGAGGAAGAUCAAAUUGCUCAAUCAAAUGAGGAACUUCAAGUUGUCUCAGAGACAUCUACUUUAGCUGAAAAUUCAGAUAUUCCUAAAGAGGAACUUGUUUCCGGCUUGUCCGAAGCAUCAGACCUUGAAGCUAGCGAAAGCCAAACUGAUGAUGCAGAGAAUCCAAUUACUGAAGAACCUGAGGUGCAGAAAGAACCUGAGGUGCAGAAACCCAGCAGUGAUAGUAUUUCUUACUCAACGGAGAUGCCAUUGGCUAUUGUUGCAGAAAACAUAGGUUCUUUUGAGGAUUCCAGCAACAAUACAAGCUAUGAGAACAAUUUAAGCAAUAUUCAACUGAAUGAACAAUCUGCGGAUGGUUCCAGAAAUGGACAUAUAAGUAUAAUGCAUAAUCUGGUGGACAAUGGAAAUGCUGAACCACUAAUGAAUCAGGAGGCAACAGUUAAGGAGACUAAAUUAUUCGAGUUAGAACCAGCUCCUGUUCUUGUACCUGGUUUAGAGUUGCCUUUUGAAGAAGAAGGUCCUGAUGUUGACGUUCAAGAAAGGAUUACAAUGGAAACUUCAAGUGAAACUUUUGAAUCUAAGGAUGAUGAAGUUCAAGAAAGGACUACCAUGAAAACUUCAAGUGAAGCUUUUGAGCCUAUGGAUCAGAAUAAACCAGAGUUCAGUAAGGAGCAAGAAUCCAACAACGGCGCACCCCAAGAGAUAAUUGCAACCAUCAAGGACGAGCCACAUCACCAUUACAAUGAACAUGAGCAGCAUUUUCAUCUAGCACCGUCGAUGGAGGACAGAUCGAAUCCCCCGACACAUGAUGAUGACGAUGAUGAAGAACCAGUAGAAGUAGAAGGAAGAACUUCCCUGGAACUCAUCAUGAGUUGUGUGAUUGUUAUGAUCCAUUUGCCUAGAUUUUUGUUGUCCUGGGAAAGAUGGAUAGGAGCUCAAGAAGUUUGUUGAUGAUGGCUUGUUGAUUGUGUCUACAUACCUAUUAUCAAGGUAUCAACUACUCUCGAUUUCACUGGUAAACUCAAACUCGAACGAGUUUAUGAGUUUAGGUAUCCAAAUUGAGUUCAUGAUUUUACCAGUAAACUCUACUGAGUUUAGAUAAACUAUCGGAUUUGAUUACCUUGCCAUAUUGUCUGUUGAAGACAAUGCUGCUGCUGUUGUAUAAUAUGUUGUCAUAUUUAGCUGUAUAAUGUAUCAUGUAUCAUUCAAUUCAGUUUUGGCCACUUUUUGUAUAUAGAACUAGCAUGCUAGGAGUUUCAUUUGCAAUAGAGAGAGCUUUUGUUAUGUAGACCACAUAACAUAU